UAAAAACACCUCUUCUGUCUCUCUCUCUCACUCACAGCACAGCUGAGUGAUACUGAUAGCCCCCACCCAUUUACCAUUUACGACUUUCCAAAGAAGGUGAGCUUGCUUCUCCUUCAUGGCAACGCUCCGAUUCUCAGCGCCGGCCUCCGAAUUGACCUCUGCGUCCUCCAUUUCCGUCGGUGUUUCCCCAUUGCCCUGCAAAAGCUUCUUUCUCUCUCGCUCCCGCUUUAAUUCCAGGAAGCAGAGGAAUGGGGCGGUUUGCUGCUCCUUUAUUCCUUCUGAAUCCGCUAGGAUUAAGGUUGUUGGUGUCGGAGGAGGUGGGAAUAAUGCCGUUAAUCGCAUGAUUGGCAGCGGCUUACAGGGAGUGGACUUCUAUGCCAUAAACACAGAUGCUCAGGCCCUAGUGCAAUCUUCCGCUGAGAAUCCUAUUCAGAUUGGAGAGCUUUUGACUCGUGGACUUGGCACUGGUGGCAACCCACUUUUGGGUGAGCAGGCUGCAGAGGAAUCAAAGGAAGCUAUUGCAAAUGCUCUCAAGGGAUCAGAUAUGGUGUUCAUAACGGCAGGAAUGGGUGGUGGCACUGGCUCUGGUGCCGCCCCAGUUGUUGCACAAGUAUCAAAGGAAGCCGGGUACUUGACUGUGGGUGUUGUUACCUACCCAUUCAGUUUUGAAGGACGUAAAAGAUCAAUGCAGGCUCUAGAAGCAAUUGAAAAGCUCCAGAAAAAUGUUGAUACACUUAUAGUGAUUCCAAAUGAUCGUCUCCUAGAUAUCGCUGAUGAACAGACUCCUCUUCAAGAUGCUUUCCUUCUAGCGGACGAUGUGCUCCGGCAAGGUGUUCAGGGAAUAUCCGAUAUAAUCACAAUACCCGGUUUGGUAAAUGUGGACUUUGCAGAUGUCAAGGCAGUCAUGAAGGACUCCGGCACUGCUAUGCUCGGGAUUGGUGUUUCCUCAAGCAAGAACCGUGCUGAAGAAGCAGCUGAACAAGCAACUUUGGCUCCAUUAAUUGGCUCUUCUAUUCAAUCCGCCACUGGAGUCGUAUACAAUAUAACCGGCGGCAAGGAUAUAACACUGCAAGAAGUGAAUAGGGUGUCACAGGUCGUCACGAGUUUGGCAGAUCCUUCAGCAAACAUUAUAUUUGGCGCAGUCGUGGAUGAACGAUACAAUGGGGAAAUCCAUGUGACUAUUAUUGCCACCGGUUUCGCUCAGUCGUUUCAGAAGACACUCCUGACUGAUCCAAGGGGAGCUAAGCUAUCGAACAAAGGCGCUGCCACUGGGAGCCUGGAGAACAUAAAAUCACCGGUCGCCCUGAAUUCUUCUCCUCCCUCUACUGCCAAUACUUCCAGGAGGCUCUUUUUCUAGCCUUGUUUCUUAUUAAAUUUGGUCGUUUCUUUAUCUUUACUGUCACUCAAUUAGGUUAGUUGGUUGCUAUGCUGUAUGGUUCUUGAUUGGACUGCACAAUUUCUUCUGUUUUUACUUCUUGCUGAUGGAAAUGAGUUGGAAAUUGUUCA